GCCUAGAAGCGAAAGUUCAAAAACUACAAGUUUCUUCUACUCGCACUAGUGAUGUUGGAUGUUGUUUGUCCAAAUGGCAUUCAAUAUUUCAGUCCUUGAAGGUGUUUGCAAUCAGGUUGUUGGUUUUCGUGUUCAUGAUGUCUCUGGUUUUGCAAAGUUGUCGACCUCGAAUUGCCUCUAUAGGCCAUGAAGCAUCUUUGAGAAGAUUUUCAACAUCGUUGACGGCUUCUAGGAAAAUUUACUGGAACGAUCGAUGUGACCCUAAUGAACUAAUGGAUAUCCUGAAGAUCGGAUGAGAAGCCGUGACCUGUGGGGUCAACCAGUCCGAAGGGAAGCGGAUACCGACUGAAGACCUUGGUGGAUAUUCACGCUAUAUCUCGGAUUGACGGAAGUUGGAAAUGGUGAACUAUUAAACUCUAACCCAGUGGCUGAUGGUUAAUGCGUUCUCCGUGAAACCUGAAAGUCCUGAGUUCGAUCCCGAGCCGGGUGGUGGGUGUGUACUCCUGAAGCGUCCGAUAGUAGGACGAAACAGCUUUCUAGUUCUCUGAGGUUUUUGAUGGUUCUGCAAGUGAUGUCAGUCCAUAAUGACCACUACCUCAAACAGUUAUCGCGAAAAAUUUGAAAAAGUACUGAUUGCCAACCGAGGAGAAAUAGCCUGCCGUAUAAUUCAGUCAUGUAAACGACUAAGAAUUCAUACUGUUGCUAUUUACAGUACAGCAGAUUAUUUAUCACGCUUUGUGUCUAUGGCAGAUGAAGCAGUGUGUGUUGGCCCUGCACCAACUACUCAGUCUUAUUUGAACAUGCCUGCUAUAUUAGAUGCUGUGAAAUUAACAGGUGCUGAAGCGGUUCAUCCUGGCUAUGGAUUUCUCUCAGAGAAUACCCUCUUUGCUGCAGAACUAGAAAAAAUGAAUGUUGUAUUUAUUGGUCCUAAUUCUAGAACGAUCAAGUCUAUGGGUGAUAAAAUUGAGAGCAAGCGAAUCGCCAAUCGAGCCAAAAUUAUCUGUAUCCCAGGAUUUGAUGGAGAAGUGGAUAGCCCAGAUGAAGCUGCUAAAAUCUCAACAGAAAUUGGUUAUCCAGUUAUGAUCAAAGCAUCAGCAGGUGGUGGUGGCAAAGGUAUGCAUAUUGCUUGGAAUGAGAAAGAGGCUCGUGAGGCCUACCGACUUUCUAAGUCCGAGGUGAAAUCCAGUUUCGGUGAUGACCGUAUGCUAAUUGAAAAAUUCAUUGACAAUGCAAGACACAUUGAAAUACAGAUACUUUGUGAUAGACAUGGAAAUGCGAUUUAUCUUAAUGAACGUGAAUGCUCAAUUCAAAGACGCAAUCAGAAAAUCAUUGAAGAGGCACCUAGCACAUUUCUCGACCAAGAAACUCGUAAAGCCAUGGGUGAACAAGCUGUAUCGUUAGCCAAAGCAGUUGGUUAUGAUUCAGCAGGAACUGUGGAAUUUUUGGUUGAUUCUAAAAGAAAUUUUUAUUUCCUUGAAAUGAAUACUCGACUUCAAGUAGAACAUCCAAUCAGUGAGUGUAUUACUGGCGUAGAUAUUGUGCACCAAAUGCUCCGAGUUGCGAAAGGACAUCGCUUAAUGCUAUCACAGUCUGAUAUACCUGUACAUGGAUGGGCGUUUGAAUGUCGUGUAUGCGCUGAAGACCCAUACAGAGCGUUUGGUUCACCAUCGAUUGGGCGUUUACACUCUUACAUUGAACCUGUACAUAUUUCUGAUGUUCGUUGUGACAGUGGAAUCACUGAAGGAUCUGAGAUUUCUAUAUACUAUGAUCCUAUGAUUUGUAAACUUAUUACGUAUGGACCCAAUCGUCAAAGUGCUUUGGAUACCAUGGCUAAAGCUUUGGAUAGCUAUGUUAUUCGUGGUGUCACGCAUAAUAUUCCUUUACUUCGUGAUAUUAUAACUGAAAAACGUUUUGUCUCCGGAAAUAUUUCAACAAAUUAUCUACGUGAAGUGUAUCCUAACGGAUUCAAAGGCAAAGUUCUAGAGCUAAAAGAACUUCUUACAUUGGUUUCUGUAGCUGCAGCUAUAUUUGUGAAAGAUGAUGCGCGUAUGCGAAAAGAUUGUCAGGAGGCACAGUGGGAUUUGGUUGCGUCAUUACAAAACAAUACCGCUAAUAAUGAUUUGAAACCUCGUUCUUAUGUUCAGUGCAUUGUAACACGUGACUGUACAAGUUUUCAAGUACGCAUGUCUCCAUGGGAACCUCCUAAACAUAUUAACCAACAAAAUGAACAAGUUACUACUCCUCAAUUUUCUAAAUGGGAAGAAACAGUUGUAAAAGUAGCUGAUAAUUUUAAACUAUCGGAUAAAAUUAUCAAUCAUUUUUCUGAUGGUGAAGAAAUGAUUCUGCAAUUACUUGGUAAAAGUAUAUUUACUGUCACGUUACAGUAUUUCGGCACCGCAUUUCCUAUAGAGAUUAUGGGAACAAAAGCAGCAUGGUACCGGGCCGCUUAUAUGCCACUCCCUCGGAUUCCUGAUUAUAGCUCAGUUUCUACUGCCCCCAUGCCUGGUUUGAUACGUUCCGUAGCAGUGAAGCCAGGUGAUCGAGUUAGUGAGGGUCAAGAACUGUGUGUGUUAGAAGCUAUGAAGAUGCAGAACAGCAUAACGGCAUCUAGAUCAGGAGUUAUUAAGAAACUGAAUUUCGAAGUGGGUGAUUCAGUGGGAGAAGGAGAUGUUUUGGUUGAACUGGAGAAAUAACAUGGCUGUCUCUAUCCCCUUAACUUUGUUACCCACCCACCCCCUCCCCGAAAUUAUAAUUUAUUGUAUAAGUUGAAAAGGAUGAAAAACCAUUUUUUUUCUCCAAACAUUUUCUGAAAUGAGUAACUGGGUGAAGCAGAGAUUAUUUUGAACUCAUCACAACUGCUUUCCUAUGUUAUAUGUAUAUAUACAAACAGUUUUAGACUAUUUAAAAAAAAAAUGUUUUAUUGUUUUUUAUUAGAAAAUCAACGUUUUUUUGCUUACUUCUAACAAGUAAAUGUUCAUUUGAAAAGUCUUCCCCAAUGUUUUACUUCUUAUUUUUUUACGAAUUUUCAACUUUUCGUAUAUCGAUUGUAUUUAUAACAAAAUGAUGACGAUAAAGAGAUCUUGAUUUCAUUUCACUACUGACCGGUGCUAACUUUUAUUUCUUAAUUUUUGUAUGAGGUUUUAUGCUUUUUAUGCC